GGAAUUCUGCAUGUAUUGGAAUCUGACUGACCAGUCCAACUUGGCUCGUCCCGCCCUAAUACUAGUCCGGAGAUAGCAGAUAAUUCUUGCCAAUGUUACUGUGAGUAUGGGAAGUGAUAACCAGGAAAAUGGUUGAACAUGGAGAAAAAUCUUUUCUCCCAAAACCCAAGGAAUAAUCGUCUGACCAGAGAUAAAAGAGUUGACUACUCGAAUAAUUCUUCCUGUUUUGAAUGUCAAAUUAGUUUUGAAUCUCAGAAAUCUCUCCAGGUUCAUCUUCAGUACCACCGGGAUAGACUUUUAACUAAGUGGGCUUCCGAGGCGGAUAGUUCGACUCCGCCACAACCCAGUUAUCAGGAACCUUCCGCCCGCUUGACCACUGUCAUAAUUCCUGGUGUCGAGACUAAAAGAUCCGCAGGUCCGGUUUCUACCACCUCAAUGCAAAUCAGCAUGGCCCAAUCGAUGGGAAUCCAGCAGGGAGCUCCACUUCAUCUUUCAACCCAUCAUUCAACCAACAUCCUUCUCAGCUCCGAGUCCCAGGUGGAGCACUGUCCCUCCGUUCCUUCCUUACCCUCCAUUAAUGCAGAUGUUUCAGAUUUCUUUAGUCAACUUGAAAGCAGUUCUGAUAGUUCUGCUAUUCUAACCAUAAACAGUUUCACAUCUAGCUCCGAUGUAAAGAUAAACCGUUUUCAUUCCUACGAGGGUAGAUCCUUGCAAGGAUUUCCUAAUCCUACCAGUAGUAGCACCACCAUGAGCCAGGGUUCUCUUCCUGCACUCCAAUCCUACCUAACAUAUAACGCAAAUUUCAAUGACGGGAUAAUAUAUGAGAACACGAAUGAUUAUCUGGGAGGGUUUGCUGCCGAAAUCCCUCCUCAUGAUCAGAGCGGAGAGGAAAUCUGGGACCUGGACAGUAACACAGUGAGAAGAUACAACCCUGUACCUGAUCCUGUAUCUCCAGGUCCUAUUCCUACAACUCCAACCAUGUACGGGCAACAGCUACAGCAGUUACCUGUGCAGAACAAGCCUGGUUGGGAACCUAACUCCUCCAUGUAUCCUCAAUAUGGUUCCAUCAGAGGAACUCCUCAGUCCCUUCCUCCUCAACCCAUAUCUCCAGGUAUAGGAGGACCCUGGAUAGGUGGAUCUCUACCCGUGAAAGGACAAAGUGUUGUUGACGCUAAAAAACCUAAAUCUUAUCAAUGUGAGGCAUGUGAUAAAUGGUUCACUAGCUCCGGACACUUAAAACGUCACUUUAACACAACCUUACAUAAGAAUGCUAUGAAGCAGAAGGAGGGUUAUGUUGAAGGUAUGAACGGCGGAACCUUCUCUAUUCCCUCUGUAGAGAGCAGAGGUAUACCCUCACCCUGCAUGUCUUUAGGUGAGGAAUCAAGUCAGAGCUCUGUGUGUGACGAGUUAUCAAGUCAAUCUACGCAGUCGAGCCAGGUUAGCUUAACACCGGUCAACACGCCUGGUCCUAGUACUGUCUCUAUGAACCCUAUUACCUCCCAGUCCGAUUCUCCGAACUCAAAUACCUCGUCUCAUGUUCCUACAAUGUCUCCAAGCACGCAGAUGCUUAGUCCACCUCCAAGUUCUGUUGGUAUACCUGAUACAGCCUCCUCACCUCUGAGUGGAUUGAGCCAGCUGGUUGGGAUAGCUCCUCCAUCCACUCCUCAACCCUCUAUAUCUCCGCUUACACCUUGUAGUGGAAUCUCGUUGUCUCCCAAUGGAAAUCUCAACGGUGGUUCACCAGCCCAGAAAAACCGGUUCUCUCCCUUUAGAGCUGGCCCAGCCAGCAGUGUUAGUUACAAAGUACAAAGUUUAGAGCAGAGAAGUUAUCCUAGUUAUCCAACAACAUUCCAAACUGUAUCAGUCUCAGCUCCACAAGUUCCUCACAAUUAUAACGAUAUUUACAUGUCGCCACAGAGCUCUUACCGUAACGACGGGUACAGUACAGGGUACACAGGCCAGUACCAGACACAGUACCAGCCUAUCAUAUACAACACAUCCUACGAGAUGGGAAACCAUACAAACUAUCUGAGCCACAACACAUACACCGACAUAUCAGGGUAUGUCCCGAUAUCUGGAGAUGGAAUCCAUAUUUUCCAGGAUACUGUCCGAACCUUGAAACUGGAGGAGAGGGAUAGUCCAGAGGGAAGCGAGGGUUCGGAGGUCUCCAUCAAAACUGAGAACGGUGAGUUUCGGUGUAAUGAGUGCAACAAAGUAUUCAACCGAAUGUGUUACCUGAAGCAGCACAACAAGAGUUUCCACAACGGCGAGAAACCCUUUAAAUGUACUCAGUGUGGGAAACGGUUUCCCGUUGAAGUCCUGUAUCAGGAGCACCUGGCGAAGCAUGCUGGAGAUAAACCCUAUAAAUGUGAGGUGUGUCCUAAGCAGUUUAACCAUAAGACUGAUCUAAGACGACAUAUGUGUCUUCACACCGGAGAGAAACCGUUCACCUGUGAUGUCUGCGGAAAAGGAUUUAUCCGCGAGGACCGAAUGGUGAAACACUCAGACACUCAUAAGAAGAAGGCGGCGCAUGUAUCCGGCGGAAUCAUGUGACAGGGGGCGGAGAUGUUUUGGUCCUCCCAUAAUAUGGUUUAGUAGAACCUUGAACAUAGCAGAGGCAAUAACGUAGUACAAGCAACCUUACUUCAACUAGGAACUUUGAAAGUGAUCUCUCAAGAUGCCAUAUCUUCUCUCAGAUACUAUUUUCAAUAUAUUUCAGUCUCCAGACCUAGAAGUUACCUUCAUAUUAACUGUGUAUUGUUCCGUAUAUAAAUUAUGAAUCUCAACGAUGACCCGACUCCGGUGGAACUAAAAGUGCCGUUUUAUACAUUGCAAGCAAUAAUAAUAUCCCUGCCUCAGAUCAUGCUGGGUCAUUCUGCAGCUGUGAGAAUUAAACUAAAUUUGCAAUAAUGAGCGUAGACGUGUGAAUAUACCUUGCAUAGUGAUAUUCUUGUUUAAGUAUGAAAUGUGGAUAUUAUAUAAGAAUAAUGUGCCAAAAUAUGAAUUUUAUGUUCAGAAUUAGAUUCACUUAUAUUUUGUUUUUCCUGUAGCCAUUUUAUUAAUUAACGAU